AUGACCUUGGACUCACGAGACCGCGGCAUCCGCAUCGCUAUUGACCGCGGGGGAACCUUCACAGACUGUGUCGGCGAGCUCAACGGCAAGGAGACCAUCAUCAAGCUCCUUUCCGAGGACCCCGCCAACUACAAGGAUGCGCCACUCGAGGGCAUCCGGCGCAUUAUGUCGCACUUCCUUGGCCGCGAGAUACCCCGCGGCGAGGCCCUCGACACGAAGCAGAUUGAUUCCAUCCGCAUGGGCACCACCGUGGCGACCAAUGCCCUGCUGGAGCGCAAGGGUGAGAAGAUCGCCAUGGUCGUCACCAAGGGGUUCAAGGACUGCCUUGCCAUCGGCAACCAAAGCAGACCUAAGAUCUUUGAUCUGGCGAUCCGGAAACCCGAUGUUUUGUACGAAACGGUGGUCGAGAUCGAUGAGCGCGUGACCUUGGAGGACUACGCCGAGGACCCGCAGAGGACCCUGACGCAGGCUUCUGCCAAGGCAGGGACGCCCGAGGCCGCCGAUGCGGAACUGGUCCAGGGUACAUCAGGUGAGGCCGUGAGAGUACUUCAGCGUCCCGAGGCGGGAAACAUCCGGGGACAGCUGCAAGACGUAUACGACUCGGGCAUCCGCAGCAUAGCUGUGUGUCUGAUGCACGGCUAUACCUUUCCCGACCACGAAGCCCUCGUCGGCAAGAUUGCCAAGGAGAUCGGCUUCCAGCAUAUAUCCCUUAGCCACGAGCUGAUGCCCAUGAUCAAGCUGGUGUCUCGAGCGACUUCCGUCUGCGCGGAUGCGUACUUGACACCCGCGAUCAAGAAGUACAUUUCCGGCUUCCAGGCUGGGUUUGAGGGGGGCUUGGGUACCAGGAGCGUCAAGCAGGAAGAAGGCGCCAAGGGGGCACGCUGCGAAUUCAUGCAGAGCGACGGCGGCCUUGUUGACGUGGAGAACUUUACCGGACUCAAGGCCAUCCUAUCGGGGCCGGCGGGUGGUGUGGUCGGGUACGCCAUCACGUCGUACGACGAAGAGACCAAGGUCCCGGUGAUUGGGUUCGACAUGGGCGGCACAAGCACCGACGUCUCUCGUUUCGGUGAGGGUCGGUAUGAGCAUGUUUUCGAAACCACCACUGCCGGCGUGACUAUCCAGUCGCCGCAGCUGGACAUCAACACCGUUGCCGCGGGUGGUGGCUCGAUGCUGUUCUGGAAGAACGGUCUUUUCGUAGUAGGGCCAGAGUCUGCCGGAGCGCAUCCCGGUCCGGCAUGCUACCGAAAGGGGGGUCCUGCGACGGUGACGGAUGCCAACCUCUAUCUCGGCCGCCUACUACCCGAGUUCUUCCCCAAGAUUUUCGGCGAGAACGAGGAUCAGGAGCUUGACGCCGAGGCUAGCAAGAAGGUUCUACAGGAACUUGCCGAUCAGGUAAACAAGGAAACGGGAAAGAACAUGAGCGUCGACGAGGUGGCAUAUGGUUUCCUGACUGUGGCUAAUGAGACCAUGACGAGACCCAUCAGGUCGAUCACCGAGGCCAAGGGGCACGACUCCUCCAAGCACCGCCUGGCGACAUUCGGUGGUGCCGGCGGCCAGCAUGCCGUUGCUAUUGCCGAGGCGCUCGGCAUUCAGCAGAUUCUCAUUCACAGAUACUCGUCUGUUCUUUCGGCGUACGGAAUGGCCCUGGCUGACGUCGUUGAUGAGCGUCAAGAGCCUGAUUCCAAGGUCUGGGAGUACCCGGGCAAAGCGGUUGACGAGCUGAAGAGCAAGAUGGAAAAACUGAAGGAAAAGUCCCGCUGGACACUGCGCGAACAGGGAUUCGAGGAAUCGGAAAUUGUGUUUGAAGAGUAUCUGAAUAUGCGAUAUCGUGGUACGGAGUCGGCCCUGAUGAUCAUAAAGCCCGAUAGCGAUGAACGGAACGAAGCGCGGGACUGGGACUUUGGAACCGCCUUCGUUCAACAGCACCGUUACGAGUUCGGGUUCACUCUGGAUGACCGGGACAUAAUCGUCGACGAUGUGCGCGUCCGAGGAAUCGGGAAGAGCUACAGACACGUGGAGAAGACUGUCGACCAGCAGCUGAAAGAGCUGCGGCGCAAGGACGUGGAUCAGAGCAAGGCACACAACCGACAGAAGGUCUACUUCGAGGAGGGCCGGCUCGAUACCCCCGUGUACAAGCUUGAGGACCUGAGCACUGGCGAGACAAUCAAGGGCCCUGCCAUGCUUGCGGACGGCACACAAACGAUCGUGGUCACCCCCAAGGCCAUUGCUUUGAUUCUCGAUACCCAUGUUGUCAUCGACAUACAGAAGGAGGGCUCAAAAGAAGAUGGCGCGCAAAAGAGCCAUGAAGAACGCGAGGUCGACCCAAUCAUGCUUAGUAUAUUUGGGCAUCGCUUCAUGGCGAUUGCAGAGCAGAUGGGCCGGGCGUUGCAAAAGACGAGUGUCAGCACCAACGUUAAGGAGCGCCUUGACUUUUCUUGCGCCAUCUUCGACGCGACGGGAGGUCUCGUCGCUAACGCGCCCCAUCUGCCCGUUCAUCUGGGUUCCAUGUCCACCUGCGUGAAGCGCCAAGCCGAGAUAUGGAAGGGCAAUUUGAAGAAGGGUGAUGUCAUCAUCUCCAACCACCCCUCGUACGGUGGUACCCAUUUGCCGGACAUCACCCUUGUGAUGCCGGCCUUCAACGACAAGGGCGACAAGAUCCUCUUCUACGCGGCCUCGAGGGCGCAUCAUGCAGACAUCGGCGGCAUCACGGCCGGCAGCAUGCCGCCACAUUCCAAGGAGCUGUUCCAGGAAGGCGCCGCGAUCAAGAGCGAGAAGCUUGUGAGCGAGGGCCGCUUCGACGAGAAGAGAGUGACGGAGCUUCUGUACAACGAGCCCGCGCAGUACCCCGGUUGCAGUGGCACGCGCUGCUUGGCCGACAACAUCAACGACUUGAGAGCCCAGGUCUCAGCCAACCAAAAGGGCAUCGCGUUGAUUGAGGGACUCAUUGAGGAGUACGGCGAGGAUACGGUGCAGUUCUACAUGGUCCACAUCCAAAACAACGCGGAGCUAUGCGUCCGUAACCUGCUGAAGGAGGUCAGUAAACGCUUCGAGGGCAAGGACCUCCAAGCGGUGGACUUCAUGGACGACGGCAGCCCAAUCCGGUUGAAGGUGACUAUCGAUGCCGACAAGGGCGAGGCCGUGUUCGACUUUGAAGGCACAGGCCCCGAGGUCUACGGCAACGUCAACGCGCCCGAGGCCGUGACCUAUAGCGCGAUCAUCUACUGCCUCCGCUGCCUCAUUUCCGAGGACAUCCCCCUGAAUCAAGGGUGUCUCAAGCCCAUCCACGUCCGGAUUCCGCCCAAGUCGCUGCUGUCCCCCUCGGACGGCGCCGCGGUCGUGGGCGGCAACGUGCUGACGAGCCAGCGCGUGACGGACGUCAUCUUCAAGGCCUUCCAGGCGUGCGCGGCGAGCCAGGGCGACUGCAACAACCUCACCUUCGGCUUCGGCGGGAACGUGACGGGCCAGAAGGAGAUCAAGGGGUUCGGGUAUUACGAGACGAUCGCGGGCGGCAGCGGCGCGGGGCCGAGCUGGGAGGGGACCAGCGGCGUGCACACGCACAUGACCAACACGCGCAUCACGGACUCGGAAGUGUUUGAGCGGCGAUACCCCGUCAUCCUGCGGGAGUUCUCGCUGAGGGCGGGGUCCGGCGGCGACGGGCAGCACCGCGGUGGUGACGGCGUCGUCCGCGACAUCGAGUUCCGGAUCCCCGUGCAGGUGUCGAUCCUCAGCGAGAGGCGCGUGUACCGGCCGUACGGGCUCGCGGGCGGCGAGGACGGCGAGUGCGGGCUGAACAUAUGGGUGAGGAACGUCGAGAAGGGCAGCUGGGAGAAGUCGCUCAGGAGGCUCAACAAGACUGGCAAGGGGGGGCAGCAGCAUGUUGAGGGGGGCGACGACGAGGUCGAGUACGAGGAGAGACGGUUCAACCUGGGCGCCAAGAAUAGCGCGCCGAUGAAGCCUGGAGAGAGGAUCAUCAUCCACACGCCCGGCGGCGGCGGCUGGGGGAAGGUUGGGACGGAGAAGGCGUUCAGCCGCAAGAGGGACCCGACGGAGGGGUGGAGGAAGGGGAGCCACGCGAACAGAGAAGAUACCGCGCUCCAGGUGUGA